GCAAUUGCUUGUAGUUGGGUUGGUUAGUCGGCUUGAUAAGUUUAAUCAGAAUAAGCUUUUAUUUUGCAUUUGCCAAAUACAAUGUACAUCACAACGGGCAAAACGUUUGCGGUGCUGAAAGGACCUUUACGUGAUUGUUUUUUUCUUAGUAAGAGAUGGCCAGCUGUUCAACAACUGCACUUAAGUGUCGCAAUGGGAAAUUAUGUGAAUGAAGCCUCAAUUCCCCUUCCAAUCAAUGUGGACUCUGCGGAAACAACUCGAUUCUCCCCCCAGCGCUCGCGUGACAUUUCGUCUACAGUGAUUAAUGCACAAGCACCAAUCUCAAGCAUUGAUAUCACAACUGACAACAGUUUUCAUGCAGUCCUAAGCGAUCCAAAUAUUUGUCAAGAUCCACAUGUACAGUCCUAUGAUUGUUUCGGGUUGAUCAGUCUUAAUUCCGCGAUGCAAAGCAAUGUACCAACACCGUUUGGGGGGCUUAACAAGUUUUCUCAUCUGAACAUGCCUGGCGGACAAUGGUCCCAGGAAUUCAAGUUUACAGCGCAAAACAUGCAGUGCUCUCACUACAGCGGUCUUCGCGAAAGUUUGCGAGCGGAUUGGGCGACUUACGAUCAGAAUGCUACUCUUAAAACGAAUGACCAAGGGUUGUUUAAUCGAAGAUAUUAUAGCACCCAAUCACCUAUGCAAAACUCUUCCACAAAAACACCUACAGGUGCAAAACUAAGUAAAAGUGAGCAGCUGAAGAGGGCAUUUAAGGAAUAUGGAGCGCCAAUUGUUGCGUUUCACGUAGGAAUUUCACUGAUUUCUCUUGCCGGUUUCUAUGUGCUUGUAUCAAGUGGCAUAAACUUGGUCCCAGCUCUGGAGUGUAUUGGAAUUGCAUCACCCGCUAUUGUAGAAAAAGUGGCAACGGGGAGCACCUUUGUUGUUGCGUAUGCCGUACACAAAGUCUUUGCCCCUGCUAGAAUAAGUAUCACGUUAGGUUCUGUGCCAUUUGUUGUACGCUAUAUUCGAUCUAAGAAAUCGCAAAUACCAAAGCCAAAAAAUACUUAGAGUUGAGAACAAUGAAGUCCUUUCAAUAAGGGAUUUCAUUUUUUAUAAUUUGUUUUUUAAAGUUUAGAUGGAAAUGUUUAUUUGUAGGAAAAGCGUACUACUACCAUCUAGGCAGAUUAAUCUAAUGAGAAAUUAUUUGCUUAGCUAUUCAAAGCAAUGAAAAGACGAGGUUUAUAAAGCG